CAGCUCCCUCAUUCAUCACGCCGUCCUUCUUUAACAUUCCAGUCAGAAUUCCGGUUUUUCCGACGGUACUUUAAGGCAGCAUUAAGUUAGGAGGUUAGCGGCCGCUUCGAAUAGACAAACAAACAAACAAACAAACAAACAGACCUGCGGAACAAACAAAGUACGAGUAAAUAAACAUGAAACGUCCCGGAAAUGUAAUAACAGCGUUUCUAACAGCAUCUGUUCUUCUACUUUGCCUGUGCUCAGUCAGAGGAGACUACUGUGAGGUGAAUCUGUGCCACAAUGGAGGAACAUGUGUGACAGGUGUAGGAGAGGAUCCCUUCAUCUGUAUCUGUGCAGAUGGCUUUGGCGGAGACACCUGCAACCUGACAGAGACAGGACCCUGCAGCCCCAAUCCCUGUAAAAACGAUGGGUUGUGUGAGAUCAUCGCUCCCACCAGGCGAGGAGAUGUUUUCAAUGAGUACAUCUGCAAGUGCCCACCCAGUUUUGAGGGAGUGCACUGCCAGAUCAAUGUGAAUGACUGUGCCAGCCAGCCUUGUAAGAAUGGAGGGAUGUGCAGAGAUCUUGAUGGAGACUACACUUGCCAGUGCCCCACACCAUAUGUUGGAAAGCAGUGCCAGCUACGUUGCAUUUCUCUGCUGGGGAUGGAGGGAGGUUCAAUUGUUGAGUCGCAGAUUUCUGCCUCUUCUGUGCACUACGGCAUUCUGGGUCUUCAGCGCUGGGGCCCGGAGUUGGCUCGUCUCAACAACCAAGGGAUCGUCAAUGCAUGGACGUCAGCUUCCCAUGACAGGAACCCCUGGAUCGAGGUUAAUAUGCAGAAGAAGAUGCGUCUGACAGGCAUCAUCACUCAGGGUGCCAGUCGCAUGGGCGCAGCGGAGUACAUCAAGGCCUUCAAGGUGGCGAGCAGCUUUGAUGGAAACAGUUACACCACUUACAGAGUGGAUGGCCAACGCAGGGACAAGGUUUUUGUGGGCAACAUAGAUAAUGACAGCACAAAGACCAACCUCUUUGACCCUCCAAUCGUGGCCCAGUACAUCCGUAUCAUCCCUGUGGUUUGCCGCAGGGCCUGCACGCUGCGCAUGGAGCUGGUGGGCUGUGAACUCAAUGUUUAUUCAAACACGGCAGGUUGCUCAGAGCCUCUGGGAAUGAAGUCUCGCCUCAUCUCGGAUGGGCAGAUUUCAGCCUCCAGCUCUUACCGCACAUGGGGCAUUGACACCUUCACGUGGUACCCUCAGUUUGCCAGACUGGACAAGCAGGGAAAGACGAACGCCUGGUCUCCUGCCAACAACAACCGCUCAGAGUGGAUCCAGGUCGAUCUAGAGAAGACAAAGCGCCUCACAGGCAUCAUCACUCAGGGGGCGAAGGACUUUGGGGUGGUGCUGUUUGUGUCAGUGUUUAAAAUUUCUUACAGUAACGAUGGAGAGUCAUGGAGUAUGGUGAAGGACGAGAGCACCGGCAAUGAUAAGCUUUUCCAAGGCAACAUUGACAACAACACCCAUAAGAAGAAUCUAUUUGAGCCUCCAUUCUACGCCCGCUAUGUUCGAGUUGUCCCCUGGGAGUGGCACGAGCGCAUCUCUCUACGUAUGGAGCUGCUGGGCUGCGAUGACUAGAAACUCAUUGAUAACCAUUUAUCAGAGCUCCAUCUUCAUCCAGCUGCUCCGUCUCUUCACACAGAAUGGAUGUUAAACAGAAUCAUCUGUUUAUUCCACGGAGAUGAUGGUUGCUGAAUAGCUUGGACUUUAACACUUGUAGCACUUUCUGACUAGUGACUUUUUUAUGUUUAUGUUAAUAAAACUGUUUGACAUUACAGCUUGUAAGUGCUCACAGAAUCUCCUAUUGAGUAUUCAUGCUUUUAGUAGAUUUUGAUCCCUACAAAAUUUGCACAGAUUUGCUCAUAGUCUGUAUUAGCUCCUUCUAAGAAUCUAAAUUUAUUUCAGGCUCUCUCAUAUCUGGAGACUUGAUAACUUCAGUUGUAUGCCCCACACUAGGAAAUAACCCUAUUUUUGUAGUUUUAACAGUCUGCAGAGGAUGGAUGAUAAACAUCCUCACCAGCACACUCAGUAUAUCUCACCAUGUCUGUUGUCUGGCUGCUGUUUUUGUUACUUGAGCACAAACUAGCAUAACGACACAGGGCCUGUGCAAUAUAUUGUAUAUUUCGGCAUUUCCAACUAUCCAUACAGAGAAAAUAUGUCAAGGAUAAAAAAUAUUUUUUUUUGAACUGCAGCACACUGAUGGAGUCAAUCAAAUGUUUGAAUUGUAAACUGUAGGGAUUUUUGCAUCAAGUUUUUCAUGUGAUGUCUGU